CUCGCUGCCCCCGCAACAUCCGGGACCUUCAACAUCCUCUCCUUCAAUGUCGCUGGACUCCCCGCCAUUCUGAACAGCAACGACGUCCCCGGCGAUAAAACGACCAACACGGAAACGAUCGGGCAAAAGUUCUCCACAUACAACUUCUCCAUUAUCCACGUGCAAGAGGACUUCAAUUACCACGCCACACUCUACGCCAACGAUAAUCAUCCAUAUCGGACGGCAACAAGUGGGGGUGUGCCGUUUGGGGAUGGACUGAACACGCUGAGUAACUUUGACUGGAUUGAUUUUGAGAGGACCAAGUGGGCGACGUGCAGCGAUACGAGUGGCAGCGAUUGCUUGACACCGAAGGGAUUCACAUUUAUGAGGGUAAGAGUUAGUGAGGGAGUCUGGGUCGAUGCGUACAAUUUGCAUGCGGAUGCUGGCACCGAGCCCAAUGAUAUUACAGCUCGCGCCUCUAAUCUUGCACAAGUGUCGACCCACAUCUCUCAGUACUCAACCGGGAAUGCAGUCCUCGUCUUCGGUGACUCCAACUCACGCUACACCCGCUCUGGUGACAUCCCCUCUAUUUUCAGUUCUCAAAACGGGAUGACAGACGCCUGGGUCCAACUUGCACGGUCCGGCUCCGCCCCAGCUGCUGGCUCCGGUGCUCUUCUUUGCGACAACCCUUCAAACACUACCGCCUGCGAGAUCGUGGACAAAGUUUGGUAUAGAGGUGGUCCAGCCUUGCAAUUGAACGCGACCAAGUUUCAGUAUGCAGGAUCCAUGUUUCUGCAAAGUGACGGAAACGUUCUAAGCGAUCACAAUCCUGUGCUUGUGGACGUUUCCUGGAAGACGAGUAGUACUCUUCGCAUGUCGGAUUUCUUCGGCGGUCCUCAUGGAGACUACUUCAACGACAUUACCGCCCUUUCUACCAUCUCCUCGCCCUCCGUAGCUUCGAUCACUCUCCGCGGCGCAAAUAGACUCGAUGCUCUCUCCAUUACUCUCUCGUCCGGGCAGGCUCUCUCGCACGGUGGCACAGGAGGGACUGCGAACACGCUCAAUCUAGAUGGCGGGGAGAAACUAGUGCAGGCGACAGUUUGUCAGGGGAAGUAUAAUGAUACAACAAGAAUCUUUUACAUGCAGGUUAUCAGCAGUCUGGGGAGGAUCGUGACGGCAGGCAAGAUGACGAGUGAAUGUGUCGUGCGGACUGUGGAGGAUGGAUGGGGGAUUGUUGGGUUUGUGGGGAGGGAUGGAGAUGAGAUUGAUCGGGUGGGAUUUGUUUAUGGGAAG